AUGUCCAAACAGAAUUUAUUACUGAUAGUAAGUCUCGUAGUGAUCUGUUUAGCUAUUAUCAUUGGUGUACUGGAUUCAAUGAAAACACGCUUUUAUAUAUUCGAUCCAGAACAGCUUCAUACACUUGCCAAACAGGCACUUGUUCAGCAUGGGCAUUUAAAUAUUACUAAUGAUCAAUUAAUUCCAAUAGUUCAAGAAAGUCCUAAUACACUACGUCCGGUAAUUGAUUAUAUUGUUGCUGGAUUGAGAAAUACAAUUGACAAUCGGUAUUUAACAAAUAAAGAAGAAUGGAUAUUUAAUAAUGCCGGUGGAGCCAUGGGUGCUAUGUUUAUUAUACAUGCAUCACUUACAGAAUAUCUUAUUAUAUUUGGUACACCACUUGGUACAGAAGGUCACACUGGAUUGCAUACAGCCGAUGAUUAUUUUCAUAUAUUGUACGGCGAACAAUGGGCAUUUUCAGCUGGUUCUUUAGAUAAAGAAGUUUAUCAAGUUGGUAGCGUUCAUUAUCUACCAAAAGGUAAUUCAAAACAAUUUAAAAUGCACCGAGGAUGUUGGGCACUUGAAUAUGCUCGUGGAUGGAUACCUCCUAUGAUGCCAUUCGGUUUAGCAGAUACAAUUACUUCAACUUUAGACAUUGUUACGUUUUAUCAUACAAUACGUAUUUCAGGUCGCGAAAUGGUUCGAAAUUUAUUUCAAGGGAAAAUAUAA